AUGGGAAACCAGAAACACCACCAUGGUCACCACAAGACCAAAGAUGAACAGAAAGUUCUUCCAUGCAAGAGCAAACACCGAAACUGUCAGCAUAAGUGGGACUCUCAAAGUGGAUUACACCACCACGGCUACCGUUGCGUAGUCAAGUGGCAGCCGUGCCGGAAGGGAGAGGCUGAUACCUGGAUCAAUGAGAACGUUACAGUUGAUUCAGGCCAAUCGCGUCAUGGCCGAGGCAGACAUCGACACGGUGACGAGGCCGGGCCAUCCAGACAGCGAGCGCCGGCCCAACAACCGCAGGAUGAGCCGGGUGAGACGGCCGGAGCCGAGGGACAUGCCGCGGCAGCGCCACCUGUAGGACCGGAGGAUGGUGACCUGGUGGAGUCCGGCGGCAGCGUACACUCUGGGCCGUUUGGUCCGACGAGGUCGAGCCGGCUAGUGGACCCGGGCAUGCCCCCCUCAGGCAAUGUGCCAUAUGGGGAUAUGCCUGGAAAUGGAGGCAUGAGCUACGGUCAGGGCCAGUAUUACUCGGGAGGGUAUGAAGGCGGCGAAGAGAUGCCCUAUGCUGACGAAUUUGACGGCGAUGAACCCAUGCCUUUUGCUGAGGAGUACGGAGGAAAUGAGGACAUGCGCCUUCGGGAAGAGCUUGAAGCUCUUGAAGCCGACUUGAGGGCUCAGAGCACCACGGCUGAACCGAAAGUGGCACGAGAUCGGUGGGUGGACGUACAUCCUGAUAAUCUCUACCAGUCAGGUCAUACCCCAGGUGUGAUUACAGCCCCGGACUACCAGAUAGACAGAUCGCGAUGGACUGAGGUACAACGCUCUCAGUAUGAACGUUGA